AACAAUGUAGAAACUCAGAGGUCACAGAGUGUGGACUGUUUUCAGCUGAGUUUCAUUAGUCUCUGUCCCACAGUGUCCUCCACUGACCCUCAGUCUGCUGUCUCUGGAGCUGAUCAGCCUGUUAUCGAUCCUGACCUGAUGAUCAGGGCGGUGUAGCGGCCACAGAGAGAGGAAGAGGAUCAUGUUUACCGCCUUGGUCUGUGGAGCUGUGGUGUUUCCAGGACUUUUCUACAGCUUCAGGAAAAUACUGACACAUACUUUCACACAGUGGAGUGAAGCCGACGUGGUUUCUGUCAGCGAGAGGCUGGUUUCUGCCAUCCAUGCAUCUUUGGCUACAGCAGCUGGAGUCAUAGUGGUGACGUCCUGCAGGGAUGUCAUGACUGACAGUCACUGGCUGGUCAAUGGGUUUGUCAUGUUCGGAGCUCCCUACAUGGCCUACGACAUUUACGCCAUGUAUCUGAGCCACUACCACACUCAGAGGGUCAGAGGUCACACCAGUUCAUACAGCGCCCACUCUCUUCAGACAGUGAAGGCGUUCCUCCGUAAGGACUGCAUGUUUGUCCUCCAUCAUCUGACGCUGCUUCUCGUCUUCCUGCCCAUCGCUCUGUUCUUCAGACGAGGACUGGGGGACUUCUUCAUCGGCUGCCUGUUCACCACAGAGUUCAGCACGCCUUUCGUCUCUAUAGGAAUGAUCCUCAUCCAGCUGGGCCUCGACAACACCAGGCUGCACAGAAUCAACGGCAUCAUCGUCCUGUUGAGUUUCUUCACCUGUCGGAUCCUGAUCUUCCCCUUCAUGUACUGGAUGUACGGACAGCAGUUUGGGAUUCCUCUGCACCGAGUGGCCUUCCACCUGCCUCUGCAGUGCAACGUGGGUAAUCUGGUGAUCCUGGCUCCACAGAUCUACUGGUUCAACCUGCUGCUGAGGAAAGCGAACAGAGUCUACCUGCGACAGAGGAGAGGGAAUGGAGACGGAGACAAAGACAGGCCGAAGACGGACUGAGGAGUCCAAACUGUUUAGGAAAUAAUCUGGUUUUACACUGAGGAUGAAUGUAUGAGAGUAUUAUGACCACUGUGACGGGAAAAAACAUUAAGGUUUUUGAGAAUAAGUAAUUAUAUGGGGAAAAAGAAUCCUAAUAUAUUCAGAAUAAAGUUUAAUUUUAUGAAAAAAACUGGUUAAAUGUCAGUGAAGAUCCUCGGUACUCUCAAGUGCUAUAUCAUAGGCAACUCAAGCACGUCCAUCUUAGAGCUUAGAUCGAGCCCAAAAAAUGAGUUGAUUUUAUAGCCUAGGUCUGUUAUGAGGAGCCCGACCCGUCUGAGCCCGAGGAUAGUGAUGGGAAAUUACGACGGGUCGGGCUCCUCAUAACAGACCUAGGCUAUGGAACCAACUACUUUUUUGGGCUGGAUCUAAGCUCUAAGAUGGACGUGUUUGUUGGGUCGGGCUCGGGCAGAGAAUCUAAGCUUUAGUCCAGCUGCCAACGAUAGAGCAUUUAAGAUUAUUAGAUUAAAGUUAAACUACUUUGAGAAUUUAAAAAAAAAAAAAAAAAAUUGAGUCAUUAUACAAGAGUCAAGUAUUUUUCUCUCUUCUUGUUUUUUUUGUUAAAAUAUUGUUUUUUAUUGGGAGUUUUUUUUUUGGUCAUAAAUUUCAAUAUUUUUUGUUACCAAUUAUGAUUUCCCCUCAAACAUUAUGACUUUUCUUUGUGUGACUUUUUCAACUUUUUCCCCUUAAAAAAUGACAUAUAUACGAACCCUUUUUUUUCCUCGAUAUUUGACUUUUCACCGACAAACAUUUAACUUCAUAUUCAGAUUAUUAUGACUGCUUUAUCCCAAAAUAUUUAGACUUUUCUUCAGAUUUUUGACUGUAUUCUCAGAAUCUAAGAUAUUUUCUCCUGACUGUGGUCCUAAUAUCUCAUCAUACAGAGACGUUAAGUGUUUGUUUUGCACUACAUUAUUAUGAAGCUUUUUUUAAAAGGUGAAGUGUGUGAGAUUUAGGGGGAUUUGGUGGCGUCUAGCGGAGAAUUACAGAUUGCAACCAGCUGAAACUUCUCCUGGUUAGGAUUCCUUCAGUGUUCAUUGUUCAGGAGGUUUUUAUCAGGAGCUGAAUUAUCCACAGAGGUCUCUUCUUCUCCAAAACAAACAGACCAGGUGAUUUAAACCACCAGAAACACUGAAUAAAGCAGUUUCAUGUUACAAAUCAGUGGAACUUUGGUGCUGCUCACUGCAGUUGGGCUUCUUACUACAGUGGCUGACAUGAAAACACAAAUGGCCCUCUGUGGAGCCAGUGUUUGUUUGUCCGUUCUGGGCUACUGCAGAAACAUGGCAGUGCAACAUGGUGAUCUCUAUAAAUCAAAGACCUGCUCCCAAUGUAGAUAUAAACGGCUCAUUCUAAGGUAACAAAAACACAACGAUUCUUAUUUUCAGGUGAUUAUACACUAAAGAACAUCUCCCUUAAAUCCUACACACUGCACCUUUAACUAUACAUUUUGUUUGUCCCCUGUUACAAUGUCACAAAACUGUUUUAAAUGUUGUGUUACAGCUGUUGUAGUACGUUGUUAAAGCUUUACUAAAUGGUGCAAUGCAGAGAAUAUUUUUGUACAAAUAAAAAGAACUUAAAAAUUA